CGCUGAUUGGCCAAUCGUCUUUGCAUUACACAAGCUGGUACAUGUUAUAAGCAGACGUUGUGUGGGAAUUGAACAUUUAAUAACAAAUUAUAUAACAAUCACGGCCCAGUGCCCUCACAUCGCUGCUGCGGAGUCUGAUAAUCUCCCUCUCUUCACCCUGACGGUGCAGUGAUGUGGCGUUCAGGUUUGUUGCUCCUCCUGGCUGGAGUCUGGCAUCAGUGCCACGCCCAGAGCUCUGAGCCCAUGCUGCAGGUUGUAACACAGACCAUGCUUCCUCCUGACAGUCUGCACAAUCCCACACAACUCAACUAUGGUAUGGCUGUUACAGACGUGGAUGGGGAUGGCGACCUGGAGGUGGUCGUUGCAGGGUACGAUGGGCCCAACCUGGUGCUGAAGUACGAUCGCACUCUAAACAGGCUGGUAAACAUUGCUAUUGAUGACAGCAGCUCUCCAUACUACGCCCUGAGGGACCGAGCAGGAAAUGCUAUCGGAGUUACAGCCUGUGAUGUGGAUGGAGAUGGGCGUGAGGAGAUCUACUUCCUCAACACAAACAAUGCCUACUCUGGACGGGCAACUUAUUCAGAUAAACUGUUCAAAUUUCGGAAUGGUCGCUUUGAAGAUCUUCUUGGGGACGAGCUCAAUGUGCUCCGUGGUGUCGCUAAUCACAUGGCAGGACGUUCGGUUGCAUGUGUAGACAGAAAGGGAACCGGCCGUUACUCAAUCUAUGUGGCCAACUAUGCCAGUGGCAGCGUCGGUCCCCACUCUCUCUUAGAAAUGGACGAGGCUGCUAGUGAUGUCUCCAAGGGCAUCAUCGCUCUGUCUGAUGUGGCUGCAGAGGCCGGGGUCAACAAGCUCACAGGUGGCCGUGGUGUGGUGGUCGGACCAAUCCUGAGCCAGUCGAAGUCGGACGUGUUCUGUGACAACGAGAAUGGACCUAACUUCCUGUUUAAGAAUAAUGGAGACGGGACUUUUGUGAAUAUGGCCACACAGGCUGGUGUGGAGGACCGGAGCCAGCAUGGCAGAGGAGUAGCACUCGCUGACUUCAAUGGAGAUGGAAAGACGGACAUCGUGUAUGGCAACUGGAACGGCCCCCACAGACUUUACCUGCAGGGCAGCGACUCUAAAUUCAGGAACAUAGCCUCUGGAGGAUUUGCAGCUCCCUCGCCUAUUCGCACAGUCAUCGCUGCUGACUUUGACAAUGACAAGGAGCUGGAGGUGUUUUUCAACAAUAUUGCUUAUAGAGGCAACGCCCCUAACAGGCUGUUCAGGGUGUCAAGGAGAGCCGAUGCAGACCCUUUGAUCUCGGAGCUUAAUGUGGGAGAUGCUGCAGAGCCACAGGGCCGGGGAACAGGUGGCACCGUCACAGACUUGGAUGGGGAUGGACAGCUGGACCUGCUGCUGGCACAUGGAGAGAGUGUCCAGCAACCAAUCUCUGUCUUCAAGGUCACGCAGGGCUCGUCCAACAACUGGCUGCGAGUCAUCCCUCGCACGCAGUUUGGCUCUUUUGCGCGGGGAGCCAAGGUGACAGCCUUCACCCGUCAGAGUGGAGCUCACACACGCAUCAUUGACGGAGGAUCAGGGUACCUGUGUGAGAUGGAGCCUGUCGCACACUUUGGAUUAGGAACUGAUGAGGUGACAGUACUGGAAGUCUCCUGGCCUGACGGCAGCUCCAUCUCUCGAACCCUUCAGCCUGGAGAAAUGAACUCAGUGGUGGAAGUAGCUUUUCCCAAAGAAGGGGAAUCGUCUCUGCUUGCCAAUGACACGCAGUGUGGGAAAGGCUUUUCUGUCCAGAAUGGCCGCUGUGCAGGUGUGUGAGGACAGUCUCUAAAAAUCCCUGGGCCUUGUGAUUUCCUUUUACUUUAUGAGUAGUUUUAAGACUUUCUUAUUUUUCUCUUGAAUUGUUACAGCUACUGCAUGGUUAUGCUUGUUAUUUUUAAUGCGCAUUGGCAAACUCCCUAAAUAAAUGACUUCAAAUCAA